CUUAAACACCUGUCAGAGAGACCUCUCCCUGUCAGCUUCUCCUUGGGAAGCAAAGACUGAGAGCCAGGGAGGGAGUGCCUUCUAGAGUUACAGCAAACAAAGGCUGGAAGAGGAGACACCAGAGAGAAGAGGCAGGGACUGAAGGACAAGACUAAAGAAGAAAACCAGCAGAUAAUACAGGGAGAAGGGAUUUCAAUCUACCUUGCUGGGCUGGGACAUCUCAAAGUCCUCAGGUAUUUCUGAAUGACCUGUGCCCUCCAGGACUGCCAGUCAGACUCCAUGUUGGUGUCCUGGGACCACCCUAAGAUGUUGCCCAGGCUUCUUGGCUUCUUGGCUCUCAGUCUCCUGGCCUGUGGCAACCCAACCAUAGUUUCCAGAAAAGAGUGGGGAGCAAGUUCACUUACCUGCAGAGUACCACUGAGCCUGCCCGUACCCUACCUCAUCAUAGAGCAAGUUACCAGGAUGCAAUGCCAAGAUCAGAUCACCUGCAGCCAGGUGGUGCGGGUCCUACAGUCCCAAUAUGUCCACAACAAAGGCUGGUGUGACAUUGCCUUCAACUUUCUGGUUGGAGAUGAUGGCAAGGUGUAUGAAGGUGUCGGCUGGUAUGUCCAAGGCUUGCACACUCAAGGCUACAAUAACGUUUCCCUGGGCAUUGCCUUCUUUGGCAGUAAGAUAGGAAGCCCCAGUCCCGCUGCUUUAUCAGCUACAGAGGAUCUGAUCUUCUUUGCCAUCCAGAAUGGCUACCUGUCACCCAAGUACAUUCAGCCAUUUCUCUUAAAAGAAGAGACCUGUUUGGUUCCUCAACACUCAGAGAUACCCAAAAAAGCAUGCCCCAAUAUCACACCACGGUCUGCUUGGGAAGCCAGAGAAACACACUGCCCUCAGAUGAACCUUCCAGCCAAAUUUGUCAUCAUCAUCCACACUGCUGGGAAAAGCUGCAAUGAGUCUGCAGACUGUUUGGUUCGUGUAAGAGACACACAGUCCUUUCACAUAGAUAACCAAGAUUUCUGCGACAUUGCAUAUCACUUUCUAGUGGGCCAGGAUGGUGAAGUAUAUGAAGGAGUUGGCUGGAAUAUUGAAGGCUCUCAUACCUAUGGAUACAACGAUAUUGCUCUAGGAAUUGCCUUCAUGGGAAACUUUGUAGAAAAGCCUCCAAAUGAAGCUUCACUGAAGGCAGCCCAGAGCCUGAUCCAGUGUGCUGUGGCCAAAGGGUACCUGACCUCCAACUACCUGCUAAUGGGCCACAGUGAUGUGUCCAACAUCCUGUCCCCUGGACAGGCAUUGUACAACAUCAUCAAGACAUGGCCUCACUUCAAGCACUGAAAAAUGCUACAGUCCCAUCUAAAGAUGCUCUUUCUCCUGGCAGAUAUUGUCCUUAUCUUUCACUUUGGCUCAGUUCCUUUGUUCCCUCCUUAUUCAAUGUGUCACCUAGUCACUCUUUCUUGUGUUGCAAUUACAGUAUUCUCUUAUGGAUAUCCUUCAAGGUCUCCUGGGGAACUUUUCCAGUAAUCUACCCUGGUCCUUCCCAGAGAUUCAAGCUGGCUGUGGUGACAUGUAUGUAAUGGAUUCUGUGUCUCCAGUCAUCUGUGCCUUGUUCUAGGAGUUCACUGAGGACCAACCAGGCAGACCUGUGUUUACAGGUGCUGUCUAGUGUCUGGUCCACCUGUUGCUUGGCUGGGCUCUGCUGAACUGAGAGAGAGAGAAAAAGAGAGAGAGAGAGGGAGAGAGAGAGGGAGAGAGAUUAAAGCCUCUCUGUUCUGGUGACCCUCAGUUCCCAUCAGCUCCUUCUUACCAGGGAGAAGAAUUUUUUAUCAUUAUAGGGGAGACAGGACUCCCCAACACCUGCCUUUGGUGCUGCUAGUAUCGGGCGUUUGCCUUUACAGUGUUUUUACAUCUCUUAUAACCUCACAUUUACUCCGAAUUUUUUUUUUCUUUUCACAGACCCUUUCCCUUGAAUGUCAUUAGAUUGACUCGGCUCAUUUGUCAUUUUUCCUAAAGCAUCCCAGGAAUGUAAUCAGGAAAAGAUUAGUGGGUACAACUUAGGAGAGACACACCUGCCACUCCUGAUUUACACAGCAGAGAUAGAUAGAAUACAAACCUCACAAGCCUUUCUGUCAGAGUCUCUCGACAGUAGAGUCCUUUCUGUGUGGAUGGAGGUUGGGUACAGACUUCCCAGCAAAGGGGGAUUGAACACCUCUCUUACAGGAAGUAGUUACAGUUGUAGUCAUGAGAUGUUCAGAAAAAGUUUCACCCAAAGACACCUGCCAGGGUUUAAAUGAACCUUUUGACAUUCAUGUAUUAGAAACCCAGUCGCUAAUAAUCAGUAGUGUUAGAGAUGGACCUUUUGAGAUGUAAUUAUUAAUAUUGUUGCUGUAAAAGUGAGUUUGUUAAUAAAAUGAGUGUGUUUCCCCACACACAGUCUCUCUUAUACU